AUGACUACAACACAAAGAGGUAAAUCAAUGAAUAAUUUAAUGAAAGGCUAUAUAGAUGUUACAACCUCUUUAUCAACAUUUUUAAAGGCUUUCAAAUCUGCACUUAAUCAAAGAAAAGAGAAUUUAAAAUUUUUAAAAUAUUGUGAAUCUGUAAUAAGUGUACAAUUAGUAACAAAAAGUCUUGUCAAAAAACAGGCUAUGCAACUUUUAACUCAAUAUGCAUUAAAAAAAACUCAAACUCAACUUUUAGAAACAAAAACCUUCUAUAAUUCUUUUAAUGAACUAGUUCAAAAAGAAUUAACUGUAAAUACUUUUGAACAAGCAUUCUCAUCUAAUAAAAUAAUGAAUCCAAUAAGUGUAAAACAAAAAG